CCCUGGUGGGGAGGGGAUGCAGGCACCAGGGUGGCCGCCCUGUUCCACAGACCCAGGCUGUAAUUUGGGCUUUGUUUAGUGGGUGGAGCUGGUCAGUAGGGCGGGCGUGGGUCUAUAAGCAAGCUGGGCACCCACCCUGGAAGCAGUCUGAGUGAGCGAGACGGCGCUGGAACCCAUGGACACGUCGUUCCCCCGUGAGGAACCCCAGGCCCCGACACCGGGCAAGGCUGAUGGUGCUGCCCCCACAGCCCUCAUGCUGGGAGAACCAAGCCCUCCGCCUCACGACCACCUGAUCUGGUCCAUCUUCAGCACAAUCUACCUGAACCUGUGCUGCCUCGGCUUCCUGGCACUGGUGCACUCUGUCAAGGCCCGAGACCAGAAGGUGGCUGGGGACCUGGAGGCAGCGCGGCGCUAUGGCUCCAGAGCCAAAUGCUACAACAUCCUGGCUGCCAUGUGGACGCUGGUUCCCCCGCUACUGCUCCUGGGACUGGUGGUGACUGGAGCCCUGCACCUGUCCCGGCUGGCUAAGGACUCUGCCGAAUUCUUCAGCACCAAGUUUGAUGAUGCAGACUAUGACUGAAAAGCUGAGUCCCUGUCCUGACCAGAGCACCCCCACCCCAGAACCCUGGCCCCGGGGAGCUGGACCCUGUGACAAGGCCUCAAACCUUGCCUGGAUCUGACCCUGGAGGCACCCCAGGCCCAACUUGGGCACCCAAGGCUGACCCUUCAGACCCCAGGGACCUCAGCCUAGCUGUAAGAGUCUCCAGCCCCCUCACUCACUGGGCUCAGUCUCUGUUCUCAAUUAAAAGUGCCAGAUGCCAGACA